UUAGUAAUUCAUAUUGGACUAAUAAUUUUUUGACAAUGUCAGAUGUCAGAAAGACCGCUCAGUUAUAUUUAACUAUUUCAGGGUCAAGAGAGAAGUGGAGUUGCAUGAUUGGCUUACAGAUGCACAAAAGGAGGAGCUGGAACCGCUCAAAGAUAAACCAGAGGAAUAUCGCGAAAAGGUGAUGAAAUUUUACAAGCAACUACCUCAAGAGAAACAAGAUGAGUGGAAUAAGUUCUACAAGAAGCACUGUGUUGCAUGGAUUAAAGAGGUGGCUACGGAGGAAGAAAGGAACGAGCUUAAACAGCUGAAGGAAAAGAAGGACAAAGAAGCAAUCCUAGCAAAGGUCCGCUCUUAUAGAGAACGUUUGCCAGAAGACAGGAGAAAGAUGGUAGAGUCAUUCGAGGUGUGUUAA